AUGUUUAAGACAGUAUUGGCCAAAAGAGGUUUAGCUACCGUUCCAGCAACAGGAUUUAGGGGUUUUUUAAACCCAUUACCAAAAGAAUACGGUGGUAGAUAUACAGUCACUUUGAUUCCAGGUGAUGGUGUUGGUAAGGAAGUUACCGACUCAGUUGUCUCCAUCUUCAAUGCAGAAAAUUUGCCGAUCGAUUGGGAAAGAGUGGAUAUUUCAGGUUUGGACCAUGAAGAAGGUGUCGAAGCUGCAGUCAAUUCUUUAAAAAGAAACAAAAUUGGUUUAAAAGGUAUAUGGCAUACAUCUGCCGGUCAAUCUGACCAUGGUUCUUUGAACGUCGCAUUAAGAAAACAGUUGGACAUUUACGCCAAUGUGGCUCAUUUCAAGACUUUACCUGGUGUUAAGACCAGAAUCCCAGAUGUCGAUUUGGUCAUUAUUAGAGAAAACACAGAAGGUGAGUACUCUGGUUUAGAACAUGAAUCUGUUCCAGGUGUGGUUGAAUCUUUAAAGAUUAUUACCAAGGAAAAAUCCGAAAGAAUUGCCAGAUUUGCAUUUGAUUUUGCCAAGAGAUUUGACAGAAAGUUAGUUACUGCUGUUCAUAAGGCUAAUAUCAUGAAAUUAGGUGAUGGUCUCUUUAGAAAUUCCGUAACUUCUAUUGGUGAAACUGAAUAUCCAGAUAUCAAAGUAUCCUCUAUUAUUGUAGACAAUGCUUCUAUGCAAUCUGUUGCUAAACCACACCAAUUUGAUGUCUUGGUAACACCAUCUAUGUAUGGUACUAUAUUAGGUAACAUCGGUGCUGCAUUAAUAGGUGGUCCAGGUUUAGUCCCAGGUGCUAACUACGGUACAGAAUGCGCAGUUUUUGAACCAGGUUCCAGACAUGUAGGUUUGGAUAUUAAGGGUCAAAACGUUGCUAACCCAACUGCAAUGAUUUUGUCUUCAACUUUAUUAUUAAAACAUUUGGGUUUGAAUAACGAAGCUAAGAAAAUCGAAGAUGCUGUUUACAAGACUAUUGCUGAAGGUAAGGUUACCACAAGAGAUAUUGGUGGCUCUGCAUCAACCACAGAAUUCACAAAUGAAAUCAUUAAGAAGUUAGCUUCUGCUUGA